AUGAGCGAUCCCCAAACCAUUCUGGCGCGCCUGACUGCGCUGAGGCCCCCGUUCAAGCAGAUGCCCCUUACUCCGCUCGACUACACAGCGCCUCAGAACUACAUCAUGAAGUGUGCCAUUUUUCCGUUUUCAACCUACGACCACGACCAGAUAAAGCUGGCCGUAGUGCACCUCUGCACCCGACUCGGGACCCUAUUUAGGAACCUCCCGUUUCUUGCCGGCAAAGUUGUCCAUCCUGCAGAAGAGGGCGAGCGUCCCAGGCUCGACUACCCAGAGGACGAAACACUCCAUGGCGAGAAUCUUCCUGAGGGCACCUUUGCGUACGACAUCCCAGACGAGGACAGGUUUCCUUGGACGUUUCAAGAACUUUCAGCCGCCGGGGUACCUGCGUAUACUAUGCAGAAAGACCUUUUCUGGCUCCUACCCGAUGGAGUACUUUCCCCGGGAGGUUCUUAUCCAGUGUUCACGCUCAAAGCGACCUUCUUUCCUGGAGGGCUGGUUCUUGGGUUUGCCUUUCACCACGGCGUCGUUGAUGGGGGUGCCACCGCCAGGAUCUUGGAGCUGUUCGCCAGCGACAAAGUAAGCGAGGCACUGUACAGCGUUCGCAGUUACAAAGAACAAUUCGUCAAAUAUGCCGAGAUGCUAAGCAAAGUUCACGCCAACGUUGAUCCGGCUACUAUCCCGGGCUACGACUUCCCCAAACCAACGGCUCCAGCCACGAGCAGUCCCAAGGCCCCGUCUUCAUCCCCUAACAGCCCAAAGUCGGCCGGACGCGCAGAUUCGACCGGGAACUCCGAUUCCGACACGCACUCCUCACCUCCUGCGUUGUCCAUCGCAUUCUCGCACAGCGGCCGGUCUACGACCGGAUCGCCCGCCGUGGCCGCUACCGGCCAUGGAAGCCCCCAGAACCCGUCACCACCGCCCACAAUGGGUCUUGACACACCGGCACCGGAGCCUGUCAUCGGAUGGACGCAGCCCCCGUCGCCGGUGCCGGCUAUCGCCAAGAUAUUCGCCAUUGGGGCAGGAACACUCAGGACCCUUCACUUCAAAGUGAUUCGCGAGCUUCAGAGACUUUACGGCCUGGAGCCUACACUGGGUGUUUCGCGUACCGACGUCCUUUGCGCUCUGGUUUGGAUCUACGUCAUGCGCGCUCGUGCGCACAAUGGCAGGGUUGAAGCCACUGAUUUGACACGGUUUGCAACCGCUGUUGAUGUGCGCAGGAGACUGCCCGCUGACGAUAUCCUGGGCCCAUAUCCACAAUCGUACCUCGGGAACAUGUUUCUGAGAGCCUUGGCAGAUAUGUCAGUAGGCGCCAUGAUCGAUUGGGCGCCCGAUGAUUCGGCUGAGGAUCAGAAGCCCUCGGAAGGAAUUCAGCCCACCGUUGUUGAGCCCAGUAAAGAGAACCGCAAACUUCGCAAAGUCAGGCCAGCGCAGCUCGUAGACGCCGCGAUGGCAAUUCGUGCCGCCUUGAAGAAGCUAUGCGAGCGGGAUACUCUUGAGAAACACAUUGCCCUUGCCACGCAAGCGACAACCGACGACGACCCGGUAGCUGUGAAAGAUGACGAUCAGCAGCAGCCCCCACGCGACAAGAUCACCUGGCCUGAAGUCGACGCAGCCGUCCGUCGUGCCAUUGCCCGCCACCGUACCGGGUUGGAUGCUUCUGUGGGUGUGACGCUGGGCGCGGACGUGGAAUAUACCAUCCCCGGGGUCUGUGGUGGUAAGCCGACCAAACCAUCCUGGAUGAGACGGGCAUAUGUGGCGUUUGAUGGAGCCAUGACCAUCUUGCCGAGGCAAGGGGGGAUAAAGGGCGAUGCAGAUUGGGAGGUGUGGCUGGCUCUCCGACGCGAAGAUAUGGAACUUAUCCAGAAGGAGAAGGAGCUGGGCGGUUGGCUGUGCCGCGAGGCUCUGUAG